CGUGCAACAUCACUUGUGUAAAACAGAUCCUUGUUCCUUAUUUAAUGGUUUGAAUCUGACCUGAGCAUUUCUUUUUGCUGUUUCAGUAGCCCUGCUUAAAGGGUUAUAUCCACAAGACAUGCCAUUUUUGCACAUUGAUUUAAUUUUGAGUAUUUGUCAUCUGCAUUUGCACUUUGACUCUUCUCCGUACGAUCUGAAUAUUCAGUCAUAACUAGAAAUCAAAGACCGAUAUCAUCCUAAAAUUGUUGUAUAUCUCCCAUCAGCUGAAGAAAGAGGCGCGUUCCAUCUAUGACAGUUUUCUUUCUGAAAGCUCUCUGCAUGCGGUUAAUAUUGACGAUACGGCCCAGAUGGAAGAGAGCGCCUUGGAGACACCUACACCCAACAUGUUCGAUAAAGCACAGGCACAGAUCUUCAAGCUGAUGAAAAUGGACAGCUACACGAGGUUUGUCCGCUCUACGCUGUACCAGAACUGCAUGCUGGCUUGUGUGGAGGGUCGUCCUCUUCCCAACAUUGGAACCCCAGAGCCCAAAAGCAAAAUGCAUAAAAAGAGUGCAACGCCACCUAGUAACAGAAAGAGUGUUGAGUUGAAAGUGCCCUCAUCAGACAGCAAGACCAACAGGAAGAAGAGGUUAGAGAAGAGAGGCUCAUGGGGAGCUGACCAGUCGUAUCAGCAUGUGGCGGUGUCUCGUAAUGAGUCUCAGAUCUCAGUGAAGUCUAACAGCAGUCUGGAGUUAGUCUCUGGAUUCGGGCGAGCUGAGAACGGACGCUGCAGUGUGCCCAUCUCUGAUCCGGAAGCCUUGAGUUCUGGUUCUCCUACAGCAGAUAAGUACUGCUGUGUCUACCUGCCGGACGGGACCGCCAGCCUGGCCCCUGCCAGACCCGGCCUGAGCCUCAGAGACAUGCUGAGCAGCCUGUGUGAGAAGAGGGGCUUUCCUCUGAAAGAUGUUUUCAUCUACCUACUCGGCAAAGAUAAGCCUCUUUCUCUGGAUCAGGACAGCUCUGUUUUUGGAGAUCAGCAGCUCCGUUUGGAGCUCAGAGUUACAUUUGCGUUAGAUAUUGUGUUUUCAGAAAGAACUUUAGGAAUCGUCGCAAAGUCUAGCAAGAAUUUGGGUGAUGCGCUGUCUGCUGUCCUACAGAAACACCAGCUACGACCUCAGGAUGUGCAGGUUACUCUGAGUGGCUCGAAUGAACCUCUAAACAUGAGCACAGAUGUGUUUCGUCUAGCAGGAAAAACGGUGCGUUUGGACAAAGUUAAAGCUGGUUUGGAGACUCAAGCUACUUCACCAACACCCAAAGCAAAUUCAAGAACCAGAAAACACCAAGACAUGGACAAUCUCGUUGAGCUGCUGAACCGUGCCCAGUGUAGUCGUGCGGAUGACCAGCGUGGUUUACUCACCAAAGACCAGCUGGAAAUACCACAGUUCCUGCAGAUGGAAACACAGAAUGAAAAGCAGACUUCCUGUGACCAGACACAGGAAGAGGAUUGUUUCCUUUGACCAGAGAACCAUUCAAGCACUAUUCAAGCAACGUAAGACUCAAAUCAAGAUUUAGCUGUAUGGCAGACUGGAGGAGAGAAACUCUGAUAAGGUUAUGGCAAGUGUGUGUAUGUAUGGACGAGUGUGUUGAGAUUUCUUAAGCUGGAAGUGAUUUGAGACAUGUGUAUAGAUUGUAUAUUAUAGACACUGCCAUGGAGGGCUCUUAGAAAUACCAUCAAUUAAAUAAUGCAGAAUUAUGGGAAAUUUCCUUAAAAAAAAAAGAUCAAGCUACAUUUGCCUACUAAAACAAUUGUAUUUAUUUUCAUAUCAGAUUAUAUUGUGUGCAAAACAAGUGUGCUCUUAUUUAUUAGGACAUAUUUGGCAGGGGA